GAGGUUUGUCUAGCAGCUUUUGCUGGACGUAGAGGCAUCGUUUCUGGGCUCAGAGAAGAAACGAGCGCGAGAACGACGGGUGGGGAUCGGCACGCUUUGACUUGGAAAAUAAAGGCGAAUAGGCAGCAUAUAGUUGACGGGAUUGUUUUUAUUGUCCUUCUGAAGGAUUGCUUGACUGGUCAUCUGCGGGCGUUACAUUCAUCUCGCAAGGAUUUUUGACGAUCGUUCCCACCAGCCGCCCAGACAUUGUGUUCAAUUCUGCUUUUUUGGACACACGGCUUGACAUCAUCUUUGGAAACUCUGCUGCAUCCAUCUUCUUGUCUUUUGCUGUCGGCAUUUCCUUUGAUUGUUUUUGUUGGCGUUUGUUCGAAUGAUUAGCAUUCACGACGUUGACGAAUCUCCAAUCAAGGAAAAGUGGCGGAAUACACAGGGUAUUCAGUUUCAGACAACCGAUCAGCUCGCCGAUCCGCAUAUGGCACCCAUGCCUGACUCUGGUGAACCAGAUCGCUCGAAAAUGAUUUCACCCGCUCCAGUCAACAAUGGCACGACCGUCGAAGGGCAAUCUGGGUCAGCUGUGCAGCAUCCGAGUUACCAUGAUAUCAUUUGCUCGCACCUCUACCACAAUGGAUAUCUCCAGGGGCUCUACGCGGACUUGAUCAUUCGUUUGCAAAAUGUACAUCCCGCGGUCAACGGUGUAUCUGGUGGAUCACCGCUGGAUGGAAUCUUGUUCAAGUUGCACCGCAUCAUUGCCAUUCGAAGCCCGUAUUUGUCGUCGUUGUUGCAGGAUAUGGAAGCGAAUGGAGAAUACCAACCCAUUGUGUCGUUGACGCUCCCGACGCACGAUCCUAACUUGACUGCCGACGGUCUGUCAAUCGCCUUUGGACACCUCUACGCCUCCUACCCGCACUCCCUGCUGGCUUCCACUGACGGUGCUCCUGGCCAACGGUCUGCUCUCCUUCGUUCAGUUCUCUGCGCUGCCAACCUCCUCCAACUCGGUGAUCUCGCAAACAUCGCUGCGGAUCAGAUCAAAGCGGACAUCACUCGUGGUACUGUGAUGGACUACUGUCACUUUAUUAGCCAGCCAGAGUACGGUGGCAGCUAUGGUAACUUUGCCCAGGAGAUUCGCGAAGCUGUGUUGAACUAUCUGUAUAAGGGGGUUGUCCGUGAUGUCGCAGAGCAGUUCGGGCCAAUCUGGGGAAACCGGGAAGGAGAGGCCUACCGUGAGCUUGUCAGAACCUUUGCGGAAUUACCUUUUGAGUGGUUGAAAAAGGUGGUAGAAAGCAAGAGCUUUGAGGUUCCUGGUGACAUGGAAAGAUUCGCGUUUGCCAAAGAGAUUAUAUCCCUCCGUCAGCGUAACAAGGCACCUUCUUCUACUCUCUUAGCCGGUGAAGAGAACGUAUUGCUUGCAUUCGGAUCCAAAGAGCGGACAGGUGUGACGAUCGUUCGAAAGGCUGUUCGUGGUGGUGUGAAUGCGCCGCAUCAUGUCAACGGUGUUGCUGGUGGGGUGCAGGGUAGUAGAGGCGUUGCGUUUGGAGGAACAGAACGGAGAGUGUGGAAGGCAGGGCAUUAAUGCGGGAAGUUGAUUAUAUAUCUGUAGUUGUGUGUUGCGUAGUUGCUUUGGUUGAAAUAAGAAUGGUUGUGGCCUGUGAGUAAGUUUCGUUUGGCAGCAACUGAUGGUGAAGCAUGAAAGAGGAUUAACUUGCUGUCGACACGGCAAAGAAAUGAAAUGGGUGCUGA